GAACAUGGCGGCAACUUGACAACGGCAGCGAGAUGAAGACGGUGAGGGCUUGAAAAAGAAAAGAGGUCUGUUACAGGCUGUAGGCCCAUCCGCCGACACAAAGACAGACAGCUUCGCCAUGUUGGAAGAGGAUAGCGCCCUUGUCCCUGCACGACCGAGGCCAGGGAAAACGUAAACGCGUCGGUGAGUGUUUCUAAAAACGGAGUCGAGGCUACGCAGAGGAGCGGAGCGGCGCGGCGCGGAGCUCAGGGCGGGCGGGAGGACAGCGGCUUCACCGGUCAGCCAUGGAGGAUGCGGCCCGUGGUCGCCAGCGUCUAAUUUCCCAUCCGGCCCACGCUCAUUUUAAUGGGAAUUACCGCUGAACGCAAAGGCAAGCCGGGACAACCCACCACCUGACAUUUGAGGGGAAGAAAACGCGAAGCGGACCCCACGUCAAUGACUGUUGCGGCAGAGGAGCCCCCACGGUGGAGUCGGCCGGUUCCCAAAAUAUGACCAGGGGUGCUGGGACGUGUUGGCAGCAAGAAGAUGACGACGGCUUCCAAAUCUGGCUAGAGCCCCCCCGCGACAACCAAAAGCCAUUCACCGACUCAGAGAGGGCGCAGAGAUGGCGACUGUCCUUGGCAUCCCUCUUGUUCUUAACCAUCCUCCUCUCUGAUCACCUGUGGUUCUGCGCCGAGGCCACACUGGCCCGGACCCCGGUCAAGUUCGCAUCCUCCCACCUCCUCUCACCCCAGACCCACUCAGCACACAGCAGCCUCAGAGGAAACACAGAUGAUAUUUUUAUAGGAAACUCUACUUUGUGUCCGCUUGAAACUUACCACCAGGAUAGUUUAUCUAAAUACUGCUUUACUUUCGCAGAUGCCGACGAUUUGUGCGAGGGCCUUUCCGACAGAGAGGGGACGCGGGCUGUAAAUAUGAGCGAUUUGUACCUUUCCUUUUGUAACUCCUACUCUCUGCUGGAUUUGUUUUACGGCUCGACAAGUCCGGACAAUUUGAACUGCAGCCUCGACGUGCUCGGCGAUGGCGACACGAGCAGAUGCAGCCUGUGCGUCCAGGCGUACCAGCGCUACGACCAGCACGCCCAGGAGAAAUUCGAGGACUUUGAGCUCCUGACUCAGAAAUAUGAGCCGGGGGAAUAUUCAGUGAGGACGUGCAUGGAGCAGUGCAAGACAGCCUAUAAGCCCUGGCUGUGUGCUCAGUAUUUCCCCACCACCCAGCAGUCCUGUCAGAGGAAGGUACCGUGCCACCAGUACUGCCUGGAGGUCCAGCAGAGCUGUCCGUUCAUCCUGCCCGAUAACGACGACCUGAUCCACGGCGGCAGCCCCAGCUUCAUCUGCACAGGGCUCUUGGGAGAUCACCUAUCAGACAAUGAGGCGGAGUGCUGCGACGUCCGAUGGGACUCCAAAAUGGACAACCCUUCAGGCGGGACACUUAAAAGGACUGCUUCUUCCUGCCAGCCCGAGGGGGCCUCGGUCACCUCCGCUGCCACCCCGAGACUGUGCAGCGGGCGACUGAAGAUCUGCCUGUUGGCCCUCGUCCUCCUACACACUGUCAUCAUCAUUUCAGCCUCCCAUAAUUCGACGUUGGUGGGCGUGGCUGCCAUUUUCUCGCCAGAGGAGAGUGCUUCUAAUGAGGAGUGAACCUUGGGGGUCGACUCUGGUGCUUGCUCGAGAGGAUUAUGGCUUUUACAAUGUCAUGGCUGCCAGGGACACAUCUGGCGAGACAUGCUGGAGAUGCUUCUACAAUCUGCCGCUGAUGAACCAUCAACUACAGGAAGUGGGAGGGUUUUAACUGGAGCUAAGGGUGCUGGGAUUGGACAUCGACCGAACCGAGAUGUUUGAGAACCACCCCCCUAAAGAACUGACCUCUUGCCACUUGAAACCUGCUCAUUUGUUUCUAUUCCAUCCAAAUGUUUUCUAGCAUAUUGUCCCUCCUCUCCUCCCCUCCCUUCCUCCCAUCCCUCCCCUCCCUUCCUGGCGUUUUCAGUGUGUAUGGAUGGCACGUCAGGGGAAAAAUGGACAUUGAUGAAGUGUGCGCUGUCACUCAUCAUUACCUUUAGAUUUUUGCUGCAUUUCUUUCAGGUGCCAGAAUGUUUUGACAUAUCAACUGUGUUCCACUUCCUCUUCUCCAUCACCUUAGAGGCAUCUUCUUACUACCUUGUAUGUGAUGUUGCUCGAGGGCCUGUCAGGACCAGCUCAUCCAUCAUUCAUGUGGGUCUUGUUUCUCUGAAAACAAAAUGUAUGUGAUUCUUCUAUAUUCUAAUGUUCAGCUUGUAUUUUGUCCCACUAGACCUUUUUCUCAACCCCUUACGACAGUACAUGCCUACACGUUUUAGGACCUUAAGUGCUCUGAGACUGGCUCGCUUUCUCUGCUAACUUGUUGGGCCAUUGAGCAAGUUAGGAGUGACCAAGUGGGAAAGGUAGUGACGGUUCAGCUGAUGAUUAUAGGAGUUAACGCUGAACCUCAUCACUAAACAGUGCUCCUGGACGGGAAAGUGGUGUUCUCUGAUUUCUCAAGUGUUCAGUUUACCUCAGACGGUAGUGUCGGUGUUGCAGACACAGAAAGUAUUUAGAGUAGUCGUACAUGAGACUGCAGGGACAACCCAGGAACACUAGAGGACAGUUGCAUGAUGCCAAAACACCAGGGGCCUCAUUUAUCAACUGCGCGUACGCUCGUUUCUUCACACAGAAUCCAACUUAGCAGUUUCUUUUUGUGCUUCUCUGUUUUUCUUUUGAAAUCUUUCAGAGGAGAGUAACAUUAACGUCACAGUAAAACAAAACUUAGACCGUCUUUAGUUUCAGUUUUGUUAUGAGAGGGGUUGAAAUCAAAUCCGAAAGAUGUGAUUGGAUCACUCAAAAGUGGACUUAACUUAGCAAAUACAGGGCAAUACAGAGCAUAGGAGCUACCAGACUGUUGACCUCCACCUAUGCCACCAUCACCCACAUUGUUAGAUCAGGAGGAGGCUAAGUGUUUGAAUAAUUUAGGCUUCAACCACAUUCUUUAGUAAUGGCUGGAAAACUUUCCCAGCUGGUUAAAGUAGUGUUUAUGAGCCAUGACCAAAUUUCACACUUGCUGUGACAUCUGACAACAGGAAGUGAAAAGCAUGUAAAUGAUAACUAUAUUUUGAAUUGGGCUGCAUUAAAAAAUAGUAUUCACAGAGAGCAGGAGGGGCUGAACGAGAUUGUCUCCCUCCAGUGGCAUCCCCAGAAAUUUUUCAUAGGGGCAGCCAGAUUGGGCCACGGAAAUCUUGGGGUGGCACCAAAACCAAAAGCCAUAACUGAAUUUUAGGAAUUGGAUAUACUCUGGUUUCUGAUUUUACAGUUAAUAUUACUAAUUAUCUGAUGUGCAUAGACUUAUACCAGCACAGUUAAUAUUUUGAGUUCCACAACAAUCCUAUUUUGAUGUCUUAUGUAUCUAUACAUGUCAGGUGAUUCAUUGUUCUUCAGAUAGGCUGGUUGUCCUUUUCUUUAAAAAGACAAAUAUACAGCUUUAAAUUGAAGGGACCAUUGAUUGCAAGGAACCUUUACCUCUACAGAGAAGUCCUCUUAAGUACAGGGGAGACUCAUUGGUACCCACAGAACCCAUUUUCCUUCAGAUAUCUUAAAGCAAAAGUUCCAGAGACCCCUUUAAAAAUGGCCAUGCCAGAUGUUCCCUUGCCAAAACUUAGCCUAAAUUUUAAGCAAUAUUUAGCCCCCUUCCUGACAAGCUAUGCCAACAUGGUUGGUACCAACCCACUUUUGGAUGUCUAGUUUGACAAGAUACCACUACCUUUGAGCUAGCUUAAAAAAUGAGAACAUCAUAGCCUCUUAAAGACAGUAAUGUUGGCCUCCGAGUUGGGGCCAGCAAUUGUAUCAAGGAGGUUAUGGCCCUUCCUGACCCCACACUGGGGGGUGCCACUGUCUCCCUCCCUCCUUCUCUCUCUCUCUCUCUCUCUCUCUCUCUCUCUCUCUCUCUCUCCCUCUCUCUAAUUACAACACACAAAAAGUAGUGUUGUUGUAUUUUUGCUGAGACAAACCCAGAAACAUAUGAAAUAAACUCAGUGGGUAGAGAUGUUGCAGUUGGGAAAGGUGUCAGGGUCAUGCAUGGCUCACUCCACAAGAAACAUCUAUAAAUGCACAGUAGGGAGCAGAUUUUAUUUUGUAUAAUGAAGUUCUUAAAUAUCUGCAGGGAAAAACAAUCAGCGAUUGUCUCUUCAGUUGUCAAAAGUCAGUAGAAAAAAGCCUUGAUGCAAUAGUUCCAAGACAACAAAUGAAUCGUGAAAAUAGUGGUAACAUCGUAGAACACUGUGUAACAUAAAAUAAGACCAGCUGAAAUGCAGGAACACAGACUCAUGUCCACAGAUGUGUUGCCCUCUUUCUCCUUUCUCUUCUUUAUAGACAGUUCCUACGCACAGAACGAGAACUUGCCCUACGCUUGCUUUGAUAAAUGAGGCCCCAGAUCUUUGAGUGCCUCUCUGCUGCGUACGCCCAGUGAGGCAGAUACUGGCAAUGGAGCAAUAUAGAAAAAAAAAGAAGAAAAAAUAAAAAACAGACGGUGUUAGUGUCCUACUUUGUGGCAUCUUCACACUACUGUCGCCUCAGCUUUUCUGUAUCGUAGAGUAGGUGCAAGUGACCAGCCAGCCAAUCAAUCAAUCAAUCAAUCAGUCCGUCGACUCUUAAAUACCCUUAGACGAGCUGAUCAACCGCUAUCUCUCACAGACUAGCAAAGGGCUGUGUUAGUGUCAGCGUGCGAGGAGUGUGAGGAGUUUUCAAGGGCUGAUCCAUCCAAUUUUUCGUUUUUCUUUCUUUUUUUUUUUGCAUGGCUGCUGCCGGUUAAGUGCACACUGACACGAGGACAGGUCACGCAGGGAUUAAGAAUACUUUAAACUCCCCCUUUUGAACUAGGAAUGCAGUGAGAUCGGGCGGGAAAAAGAGAUUAUUCCAAAAUAAAAUCUGAUACCAUGAGCAACUAGUGAUAUACCAAAAAUUCAAAUCUCUUUAACGAAGCAGCUUUCUGUCCUCCAUCCUGGUUGCCUCAAAUGAUCCGAGUUUCACCUCCAAAUUGUUGGCUGUGAAAACAUGGUAUAGGUCCCUCCCCUUCCCCAUUAACAGCUUGACCUUACCUCGCCUCACAUCACACGCCGACCAUCGGUUUGCUCUUCACAUACACAUCAGAGUGGGAUGUCAUGUGGGAGUCUACACUCGCCUCUGGAUUUUCAUCGACUUUAGCCCCUGACCCCAGUUUACUCUCUGAUCCCUUUUUGCUUGAUAUUCUCCUGUGACGUGUUGUUUCGUUUGUUUGUUUUCCUUGACAAACUGUGACGACGAGAACUACAUUCCCUUGAAGACAGCAGCGGAUGUAAUAGGCCCACACUUUGUGCUCCGUCCCUUUCAAUCUCUAGCUGUUCACGAUCUGAGUCCUGUGGAUCUAUGCAGAUGAACCCCACCCCAAAACUGACCCCCACCUACCCUCCCUGACCACCACCACCACCAACCCCCCUUGUCCUUUCUGUUGUAAAUAUGUCCUGAGGAUGUGGGAUCCCAAAAUGGCCGCCCUCCCGUCCCCACCUUCCCAGCCCUCCCCUGCCCACUCCCCCACUGUUGGAAUCUCACUGUGUUUUCUGUUCGCCUCCUUGGUUUUUGUCUGUUUUUUGAGAUUUUUGCCGCAUUUUUCUGUUGUCUAAAGCAGUGGUGUGAGUUGAUGAGUAGGACUAAGUUGGAUGUUAAAAAGACGAGAUGAAGAGGUCUUGAGAAAAAUAUACAAAAAAAUGAAGCUUGACUUGAGAAAGGGUUCAAAUAUAGAGAAAAAAAUUAUGAUAAAGUUGUCAUAUUGUCAUACUAGAGAUGCUUUAGUUUGCUAAUUUACUUUCUUUUUUUUCUACAAAAGACUUGGAUGAAAUUAUUUAUAAAAUGCGUCCCACGAGUCAUGAUCUUUUUUGGACGUGAAACAAAUACAUUUAUUAACAUUUUGUUCAAAAGAAAAUAAAUAUAAAUUAUGUUAAA